UUCCUUUGCUGGCAACAGCGUCUGUGCUGUUGGCAGGAGUGACCAGAAUAAAAACAGCAACACCAGACAUAGAGGAGGAAAAAAGCAAAGUGAUCCAUUGAACCAGAGUCUUUGCCCUCCUUUAAUUACACCGACUCCCAUAUCUUUUUCACGUGUUUUUUUUGUUUUUUCACCCAGCGUUUGAGUCUUCAGGGCUUGUAGUGGUAAUUAGCUAGGAGAGAAUAAAACCAGCUGAUCGGGAGAGGGGUGGUGCAUUUUGGAGCGAGAUGGCUAACAGAAACAUUCUGUUGCUCUUCUGUGGACUCUUCCUCUUAGCACUGCUUCAGCCCUCUCUACAAGGAGGUGUGUACGUGCCACCUGGUGCUGGGUUUGGACCUGGAGGAGCUGGACCGGGAACUGGAUUCUUUCCAGGAGCUGGAGGAGUCCCUGCGGGCUAUAAACCAGCUAAAGCUGCAGUAGGAGGUUAUGGAGGUGCAGGCCGAGGUGUUGUCCCAGGUGGUGUGGUGCCAGGAGGGGCUGGAGGUCUGGGCUAUGGAGGACUGCCAGCAGGACAAGGUGGAAAGGCCCCUAAACCAGGUUAUGGAAAUCUAGGAGCUGGAGGUCUUGGAGGAGGCGGACUCGGAGCUGGAGGCUAUGGAGGAGGUGGUUAUGGCGGAUAUGGUGGAGGCGCCGGUGGAUUUUUCCCAGGAGCUGGACAAAAGGCUGCCAAAAGAGGUGCAGGAGGCCCGCUGCUACCACAAGGGGGGACUGGAGGAGCAGGUGGGGGUCCUGGAGGCGCUGGAACUGGAGCUGGAGUGCCGGCUGGAGUGCCUGUUAUUCCUCAGACUGGUCUUCCAGGAGGGGCUGCUGGAGGUGCAGGAAAGAAAGCUGCCAAAGUGCCAGGGGUGGGUGUGCCUGGACUUUACCAAGGUGGACUGGUGCCAGGAAAAGGAUUUGGUGGACGUGGAGUUCUGCCUGGGGUGGCCACUGGAACUGACCUGAAUCCCAAAUCAAUUGGAGGAGGAGGACAAGGAGGCCCAGGAGGCCGUGGGUAUGGUGGACCAAUGCAGCCGGGAGUUUUCCAUGGAUAUCCUCUUAAAUCACCCAAACUGCAAGGGGGCUAUGGCGCAAAGCCUGGAGGGGGAAAACUUCCCUUUGGUUAUGGGGGCUUUGGUACUGGUGGAGCUGGACUUCCAGGAGGACAAGGCGGCGGUGGGUCAAAGCCUGGAUAUCCUAUUGGAACGGGAGUGGGGCCUGGGGGCAUCUCUCCUGCUCAGGCUAAAGCUGCAAAAUAUGGUUUGGGUGGUGUUGGAGGUGUUGGAGGUCUUGGAGGCGUUGGAGGCGUUGGUGGUGUUGGUGGCAUUGGUGGUGUUGGAGGCUUUGGUGGUGUUGGAGGCACUGGUGGACUGUUUCCAGGACAGGUUCCAGGAGUAGGGUAUGGUGCUGGGUCCAAAGCUGCUAAAUAUGGAGUACCAGGAGCUGUCCCUGGAGGAGUACCUGGAAGAGUGCCAGGAGUUGUCCCAGGAGUUGUCCCAGGAGUUGUCCCAGGAGUUGUCCCAGGAGUUGUCCCAGGAGUUGUCCCAGGAGUUGUCCCAGGAGUUGUCCCAGGAGUUGUACCAGGAGUUGUACCAGGAGGGGUACCUGGAGGAGCACCAAUUGGAGUUCCGGGCGGUGGAUAUUCACCAGCGGCCAAAGCUGCUAAAUAUGGCCUAGGAGGGACAGGGAGGCUGGGAGCAACAGGAGGACUGGGUGGAGCAGGUCUGGGUGGAGCAGGUCUGGGUGGAGCAGGAGGACUGGGUGGAGCAGGAUACUCUGCUGCUGCUAAAGCUGCUAAAUACGGGGUAGGAGGACUGGGAGGAACAGGAGGACUGGGAGGAACAGGAGGACUGGGAGGAACAGGAGGACUGGGAGGAACAGGAACAUACCCUGGUGCUGCCAAAGCUGCUAAAUAUGGAGUAGGAGGAGCAGGAGGACUUGGAGCAGGAGGACUUGGAGCAGGAGGACUCGGAACAGGAGGACUCGGAACAGGAGGACUCGGAACAGGAGGACUCGGAACAGGAGGAUACCCUAGUGCUGCCAAAGCUGCUAAAUAUGGAGUAGGAGGACUGGGAACGGGAGGACUGGGAACGGGAGGACUGGGAACGGGAGGACUGGGAACGGGAGGAUUGGGAACAGGCGGACUGGGAGGUGGAGGAUACUCUGCUGCUGCUAAAGCUGCUAAAUAUGGAGUUGCAGGAGGCGCUGGAAUAGGGUUAGGAACAGGAGUACUUGGAGGAGCAGGAGGAGUACCAGGAGGAGUACCAGGAGGUGGACAAUAUUCUGCCGCUGCAAAAGCUGCUAAAUACGGAGUUGCAGGAGGUGCUGGAAGAGUACCAGGAACAGGAGUAGGAGGGGUACCAGGAGGUGGACAAUAUUCUGCGGCCGCGAAAGCUGCUAAAUAUGGUGUGACAGGAUUAGGAGGAGUCCCUGGUGGGGUACCUGGAGGGGUUGGUGUUCCAGGAUAUCCAGGUGGUGUUAAACCACCAAAGCAUGGGGGCAUCGCUGGAACAGGAGUUGGAGUUCCAGGGCCGACCCCGGGUGCAGGUGUUGGUGGUGCUCCAAAUGGUUCUGUUGUGCCAGGAAAGGAUGUUGGUCUUGCUGGAACUCCUCGACCAGGUACAGUGAAAUAUCAAAACUGAUCUCCAAAAACAUUUACCGUACACACAUUUACGUACUCGUGUUAUUACAGUAUUUAUACACAGGGAAUGGGAGGAAGAUUUUACUGCUACAACUUACAGUACAGUACAAGUAAACAAUAAUACAUUUAGAGCUUCAACACAUCCCUGCAGCUACCCUGCACCGUCAUCCAUUCUACAUUUUCUUCAUGCAUUUUCUGCCCAUAAAGCUCACAUGUUGUUUGUUGUGCUAAUGCUACCAGCUAAUGACCACCUCCAGCUUACAGCCUCCCAGCUGUGGCUGUAUCAAGGUCCAUUUCACAGCUUCUGCCUUUUCUGACCUGCCUCACUCUGCACCUGUAUCAAGCACAAUGAACAAUGAAACUGGAACCUGUUGUCUUUUUGGCAGAGCCCACUCCUAUUGCUGCUAUUAGCAAGGCCCCCGAGGUCCCACAGCCCAGUA